GCUUUCUGCCAACCCAUCGCCCAGAGCCCAGGCCCGAGGCCCGACCUGAGCACCGACCUGGCCCUGAGUUUCCCUUGCCCAGCGUCCCUGCUUGGACUGGUCCUGAGAUUCCUGAAUCAGGUCCUUCCUCGGGCGUGUGUCAGCGCAAUCCCCAGGUCUGCGGUCCAGGACGCUGCAUAACCCGCCCCAGUGGCUACACCUGCGUGUGCGACUCCGGUUUCCGGCUCAGCCCCCAGGGCACCCGCUGCAUUGACGUGGACGAAUGUCGCCGCGUGCCCCCGCCCUGUGCUCCCGGGCGCUGCGAGAAUGCACCAGGGAGCUUCCGCUGCGUGUGCGGCCCCGGCUUCCGAGCCGGCCCGCGGGCUGCGGAGUGCCUGGACGUGGACGAAUGCCACCGCGUGCCGCCGCCGUGUGACCGCGGGCGCUGCGAGAACACGCCAGGCAGCUUCCUGUGCGUGUGCCCCGCCGGGUACCAGGCUGCGCCGCAUGGAGCCAGCUGCCAGGAUGUGGACGAGUGCAUCCAGAGCCCCGGCCUCUGUGGCCGAGGGGUUUGCGAGAACCUGCCCGGCUCUUUCCACUGUGUUUGCCCGGCUGGUUUCCGGGGCUCGGCGUGUGAAGAGGAUGUGGAUGAGUGUGCCCAGGAGCCACCACCCUGCGGGCCAGGUCGCUGUGACAACACGGCUGGUUCCUAUCACUGUGCCUGCCCUGCUGGCUUCCGCUCCCGAGGGCCGGGGGCCCCCUGCCAAGAUGUGGACGAGUGUGCCCGUAGCCCCACACCCUGCACAUAUGGCCGAUGUGAGAACACGGAAGGCAGCUUCCAAUGUGUCUGCCCCACGGGCUUCCAACCCAAUGCUGCUGGCUCCGAGUGCGAGGACGUGGAUGAGUGUGAGAACCACCUGGCGUGUCCUGGGCAGGAGUGUGUAAACUCACCUGGCUCCUUCCAGUGCAGGGCCUGUCCUGCUGGCCACCACCUGCACCGUGGCAGAUGCAUUGAUGUGGACGAAUGCAGUUCGGGCGCCCCCUGCGGUCCCCAUGGCCACUGCACUAACACCGAAGGCUCCUUCCGCUGCAGCUGCGCGCCGGGCUACCGGGCGCCGUCCGGUCGGCCCGGUCCCUGCGCAGACGUCAACGAGUGCCUGGAGGGCGACUUUUGCUUCCCUCACGGAGAAUGCCUCAACACCGACGGCUCCUUUGCCUGUACCUGUGCCCCCGGCUACCGGCCCGGACCCCGCGGAGCCUCUUGCCUCGACGUGGACGAGUGCAGCGAGGAGGACCUUUGCCAGAGCGGCAUCUGUACCAACACCGACGGCUCCUUCGAGUGUAUCUGUCCCCCGGGGCACCGCGCCGGCCCAGACCUCACCUCCUGCCUCGACGUGGACGAAUGUCGCGAGCGGGGCCCUGCCCUGUGCGGGUCUCAGCGCUGUGAAAACUCCCCCGGCUCCUACCGCUGUGUCCGGGACUGCGAUCCUGGCUACCACGCGGGCCCCGAGGGCACCUGUGACGAUGUGGACGAAUGCCAAGAAUACGGCCCUGCGAUUUGUGGAGCCCAGCACUGUGAGAACACCCCUGGCUCCUACCGCUGCACGCCAGCCUGUGACCCUGGCUAUCAGCCUACACCAGGGGGUGGAUGCCAGGAUGUGGAUGAAUGCCGGAACCGGUCUUUCUGUGGUGCCCAUGCUGUGUGCCAGAACCUGCCCGGUUCCUUCCAGUGCCUCUGUGACCAGGGCUACGAGGGGGCGCGGGACGGGCGUCACUGCGUGGGCAUGUUCCCAGGCUCACAGCCCCAGGCACCUGCCAGCCCUGGUCUGCCAGCCAGGCCACCUCCACCACCCCCGCCCCGCCGGCCCAGCACACCUAGGCAGGGCCCUGUGGGCAGUGGGCGCCGGGAGUGCUAUUUUGACACAGCGGCCCCGGAUGCAUGUGACAACAUCCUGGCACGGAAUGUGACAUGGCAGGAAUGCUGCUGUACUGUGGGUGAGGGCUGGGGCAGUGGCUGCCGCAUCCAGCAGUGCCCAAGCACUGAGACAGCCGAGUACCAGUCAUUGUGCCCUCAUGGCCGGGGCUACCUGGUGCCCAGUGGAGACCCGAGCCUCCGGAGAGCAUUUGAGAGUGCCAGUUCCACACUGAUGCAUGCUGUUUCCACCACAGAUGACAAUCUGGGAGUGUGCUGGCAGGAAGUGGGAGCUGACCUUGUGUGCAGUCGCCCUCGGCUGGACCGUCAGGCCACCUACACGGAGUGCUGCUGCCUUUAUGGCGAGGCCUGGGGCAUGGACUGCGCCCUCUGCCCUGCCCAGGACUCAGAUGACUUUGAAGCCCUGUGCAAUGUGCUACGCCCCCCUGCAUAUGGCCCGCCGCGGCCAGGUGGCUUUGGACUCCCUUAUGAGUAUGGCCCAGACUUAGGUUCGCCUUACCAGGGCCUCCCGUAUGGGCCUGAAUUGUACCCGCCACCCGUGCUACCCUACGACCCUUACCCACCGCCACCUGGGCCCUUCGCCCGCCGGGAGGCCCCUUAUGGGGCGCCACCCUUCGACAUGCCCGACUUUGAGGAUGACGGUGGCCCUUAUCGCGAAUCUGAGGCUCCUGCCCCACCUGGCCUGGGCACCCGCUGGCCUUAUCGGUCCCGCGAUACCCGUGGCUCCUUCCCAGAGCCUGAGGAAUCACCUGAACGUGGGGGCUAUGCUGGCGCCCUGGCUGAGCCCUAUGAGGAGCUGGAGGCGGAGGAGUGCGGGAUCCUGGACGGCUGCGCCCACGGCCGCUGCGUGCGCGUCCCUGAAGGCUUCACCUGCAACUGCUUUGAUGGCUACCGCCUGGACAUGACCCGCAUGGCCUGCGUCGACAUCAACGAGUGUGACGAGGCUGAGGCGGCCUCGCCGCUCUGCGUCAACGCGCGCUGCGUCAACACCGAUGGCUCCUUCCGCUGUGUCUGCCGCCCGGGAUUCGCACCCACGCACCAGCCGCACCACUGCGCGCCCGCUCGGCCCCGGGCCUGAGCCCUCGCCCCCGCCGGCCGCCCACCACGCCUGCGCAUGCGGGGUCCCUGCCGCACCCGGCUGCCCGCUGUGCGCAUGUGCGCAGCGCCUGCCAACGACGCCGCGGGCCCAGGCGUAGCCUUCACGUUCCUUCUCCCUUUUAUAAAAUGUUCAAUUAAAAACACCUAUUUUGUACCAA